AUGCUUUUCCAGAAGGUGAUUUUGGUCCUCUCAUCGGCAUGCAUCCUCACCUUCGGAAAUGCCUCGCCAGUUGCGGUAGGUACAUCUCAGUCUUACCGUGCUCAGCCCUUCAUUCAUCCCGGGGCUCUCCACUCUAGGAAAGACAUUGAAAGGGUCAAGGGCCACGUUCGUUCGCAAGAGCAACCAUGGCUCAGGGCCUGGCAACAUCUCGAAUCUGCCAGGCUGGCUCAGGCGACCUGGGUCCCCACCCCCCAAAGCAUCCUGGUGAGGGGUAGAAGUACCACGAAUGCAUCUGUCCCAAGUGAAAACUAUGGGUACGCGUACAGAGAUGCUCAUUCAGCAUAUCAGCUCACCCUCAGGUGGAUUAUUGGCGGGAAUGAAACCUACGCGGACCGUGCCGUGGUCAUCCUAAACUCAUGGGCAUCUACGUUGGUCGACAUUCAGGGCACAGAAGACAAAUAUCUGGCAACAGGGUUAUAUGGCUACCAAUUUGCCAAUGCCGCCGAGCUUCUUCGUACAUACCGAGGCUGGGCAUACAGUGACCAGAGAGCCUUUGGGGUGAUGUUGAAUGACAUCUUUGCCAAAUAUAGCAGAGAAUUUCUAGAUCACCACAACUACAAACCCGACUUUUACUAUGCCAACUGGGAUCUCUGCAACAUCGCAUGUCUUAUGUCGGUCGGAAUAUUCAACGAAAACAGAACAAUGUUCGAUUUCGCUGUCGACUAUUGGAAGAAUGGUCUACCUGGGGAUAGUUCCGUCGUUGUUAACGGCGCUCUGCCCUACUUCUCCAUUGCAAACUACACAGAAGAAGGAUCAGGCAAGACUUUGAUGCAACAUCAAGAAUCAGGUCGUGAUCAAGGUCACUCUCUCCUCUGCAUGGCCUUGGUUGGCGUCAUCGGUCAGCAAGGGUGGAACCAAGGCUUGGACCUGUUCUCUACAUUUGGCCGGCAGAUCUUGAACGCGGCGGAAUACGUUGCCAAAUACAACACGAACCACACAGUUCCUUAUACUCCCUAUACCAGCUGGGAGGGGCUACUUACGGUGAUUUCACCAAAAUCACGCUUUGAUGCGCGACCCGGCUACGAGCUCCUCCAUUCGCAUUACGCUGAACUUGAAUCAAGGAAUGCCUCUUGGUCUAAGGAUUAUCGGGACUAUGUCAACAGGAAUAUCACUGCGAAUGUUGAGGGAGGAGGUGGUGAUUACGGUCCGAACUCAGGCGGAUAUGACUCUUUUGGCCAUGGUACUCUGAUGUAUCGCCUUCAAAAAGAGUAG